AUGGGCAGCGGCGAUCUCAACACGAAAAAGAGCUGGCACGUCGUCAACCUCAAGAACCAGCGACGAGUAUGGGAGAGCGAGCAGGCGGCGCUGGCCGAGCGCAAAAAGGUCAAUGAGCGCAUCGAAGAGCUGCGCAAAGAGCGCCAGGAAGAGGAGAUUACACGGCAGCUUGAGGCGGCCGGCGGCACCAAGCGCGUCGACCGCGUGGACUGGAUGUACCAGGGCCCCUCGACAGACAAUGGCGGCAUGGUGACGGAAGAGGCCGAGGCGUUCUUGCUGGGCAAGCGGCGCAUCGAUGCGGUGCUGCGGGGCGACGAGCACAAGCAACUGGAGAAGAAUGCAGUGCCGGACCGGUUUGCGUCACUCGACGCACCGUCGGCCGUUGGUGCGGCCGGCGCGCUUCCCACGGCAGCAUCGGCGCGCGACAUGGCCGCCAAAAUCCGCGAAGACCCGCUGCUCGCAAUCAAGCGCCAGGAACAACAGUCCUACGAGGCCAUGGUCAACGACCCGAUCCGGCGGCGACAGCUAAUGGCGGCGAUGGGCGUGGCGGGUGACGACAGCGGCGACCGGAAAAAGACCAGCCACAGCAGCAGCAGUCGCCGGUCGCAUCACCGAAGCAGCCAUCACCGCAGCAGCCACCGAGACGAUGACGACGAGCGGCGGCAUAAGAGACGGCGGCGCGACGAUUCAAGAGACCGUGACCGAGACCGAGAACAAGACCGGGGACGCGAUCGUGACUCAAGACGAGCCCGGCGGGAAUCACCAGAAGAUGACCGGCGAAGCUCGCGCCGCAAUUAUGACGAUAGAGACAGAGACAGGGGCGCGAGCCGGAGGGACGACGGAGGGCGCGAUCGGUCGCGGGACAGGCGGCGAGAUCGCAGUCCACGCGACCGCCGUGACCGUCGAGACCGGAGUCCUCGCUCACCAUCACAUUCGCGCUCCCGCUCGCCACCAAGACACGAGCGGCCGCGGGGAGAGAGAGACGACAAUGGCGACCUUUCACGUCGGGAAGCAGGCGACCGCAACGGGGACCGAAACGGUGGCCGCGACAAACGGCCGCACCGAGACAACCACGAGGACAGAAAUGGCCGUGAUCGGCGGGACAACGGACGACCGCCAUACCGCAACGGCAACAGCAAUAGCGACGCAGACGAGCGCGCGCGCAAGCUGGCCGCGAUGCAAGCCAACGCGGCCGAUCUCGCCAAAGAGCGCGAGACACGGCUCGCCGAGAUCGAGGCCACGGAGGCAGCUGCACGGGAAGCAGACGACCGCGCGCGGGCCGACGAUGCCAAACUGAGGGCGGGAACGGGCGCAGGCGCCAUGACGUCGUCGUUCAGUACCAAUUUGCGCAAAAAGGUCGGCAACAUGGGUCUGGCCGAGAGUCUGGGACGCAGCCGGCAAGGACUGCAGCGAGACGAGGAUUAG